GCUGCAAGGAGAGACAGGGUGGAGGAGGAGCAUUUGCCUUGCAUUUCACUCCCAGGCUUGAGGACGUGAGAACAAGACGAAGAAGUAGAAUAAGGCUUAAGGGCCCGUCGCGACCAUGCGCAGUCGCAACAAGCGAAGCGAAGCUCGCAAGCUCGCAAGUUGAUAGCGGUCAAUUUCAUGCAGAACUUUGCUGUCACUACAGCAAUCGCUCGCAAUCGAGCCAACCUACGCCCCUCCUUCGACAGCUCUCAUUCUUCCAUCGACCUUUUUAGUGUUUUUUUUUCCCUUGAAUCUCUCCCUUCUCGGAAGUGUCGCUCGCAGCAAUGCUUCUCGGUCUGCCUCUGUGAGCAAGCGCGGCUCGUUUCCUCUGAGGUGAGCACUGACUGGUUGCGUUUUGGAGUUUUUGAGUGGACCAGUCGUGAAUCGUGGUGUGGAAAAGCGGAGAGUAUCGGAAAUAGAGCAGGCUAAUUGACAACCUGCGAUGUUUGGAUCCAGCAGCCCCUUUGGGGCAACAACUCCGAGUCCAUUUGGCGCUCCUGCAGCUGCCAAUCCUUUCGGUGCAAAUCCGAAUCCCUUUGGAACCAACACUCAAGCAAACAAUCCAUUUGGGGCUAAACCAUUUGGCAGCACUACCCCAGCAUUCGGAGCACAGACAGGCAGCUCUUUAUUUGGCAGUGGCACGUCAACGGGUGUUUUUGGAGCCACUCCCACACCGACUUUUGGAGCUUCGGCGUCCUCAUCCGCAUUUGGGGCUUCAUCAACAACACCUGCGUUCGGAGCUUUUGGUCAACAAAAGCCUGCCUCACCCUUCGGCGGGUUCGGUACUACUCAAACCCAACCGAAUCCAUUUGGAUCGCCGUCUUUCGGGCAGUCACAACCAGCCUUCGGCAGCCAACCAUUCGGGUCCACUACGCCAGCCUUCGGUGCUCAAUCUACUCCUGCGUUUGGAAGCACGACAACCCCGCUGUUUGGAGCAUCGACUCCUGCAUUUGGUGCAGCGUCAACUCCUGCCUUUGGUGCGACAUCCACCCCAGCAUUUGGGGCGUCGGCUACCCCCGCUUUUGGGGCUUCGUCGACUCCUGCUUUUGGAGCGUCGACAUCGACACCUGCAUUUGGCGCGUCAGCUCCGGCAUUUGGGGGUAGUUCGGUGUUUGGGCAAAGUGCGCCUGCCUUUGGUGCAAGUACGACACCAGCUUUCGGAAGCACACCAGCAGCAUCACCGUUUGGGGCUUCUACUGGGAGUGCGUUUGGUACCAGCUUUGGGACACCCACUUUUGGAGCUCAGCAGCCACAGCGGGUUGGAAGCAGAGUGACACCUUAUGCGGUAACCAAUGACACAGACUCAGGGGUUGGGGCUCAAGCAGGAAAGUUUCUGUGUAUAUCUGCUAUGCCCACUUACAAAGACAAGUCAUUGGAGGAAUUGAGAUGGGAGGAUUAUCAAGCCGGGGAUAAAGGGGGACCUAAUCCAGCUACCGCUACACCAGCUGCAGGUGGGAUCUUUGGAAGCAGUCAGCCAGCCACAUCCAGUCCGUUCGGAGCAGCCACUACUACCUUUGGGGCAGCAGCCCCUAACCCCUUCGCCUCCAGUACAAGUCUAUUCGGUGCUUCCAAGCCUGCAUUUGGUACCAGUACCACUCCUGCUUUUGGAGGAACGUCCAUGCCGGCAUUUGGUUCUACUCCUUUUGGAGCGUCUGCACCAGGAUUUGGGACGGCAAGUUCGUCGCAAGCAUUUGGUUCGUCUCCGUCUCCGUUCGGGCAAACUUCGGCAUCUGCAUUCGGGAGCACAACCUUUGGAACAUCAUCACCUUCAUUGUUCGGAUCGAGCAGUCCUGCGUUUGGUGCAGGGUCAACUUCAGCAUUUGGUGCAGCGUCAACAUCAGCAUUUGGUGCACAAUCAACUUCUGCGUUUGGAGGUGGUUUGUUUGGGAGCAGCCAACCAGCGAGCAGUAGCGGAGGACUAUUCGGAGUAUCAACAUCUGCUUUUGGUGGGACGAGUACUGCACAGCCUUUUGGACAGCAAAGUCAACCAGCAUUUGGGUCAAACCUCUUUGGAAGCUCAAGCACUCCUGGUUCCAUAUUUGGUGCUCAAUCAAAGCCAGCAGGAUUAACGCAAUCUUCGCCGUCCUCUAUAUUUGGUGGUUUUGGAUCAACUCCUGUUGGACAGACGCCGAGUACUUUCAGCUUUCCUUCAAGUUUUCAAACUCCACAGCAAGGUGCAGGGAGCGGUUUUGGCGUUACGCCGUCCCCAUUCGGUCAGCAGACUACAUUUGGCGCACAACAACCUUCUCAGAAUGCCAUUACAGCCAUGCCAACUCCAGUAACCAACCCUUUCGGCACUCUUCCAGCAAUGCCACAUAUAACAAUUGGCCGGAGUGCCGGUUCUUGUCCAUCUGUGCAAUACGGAAUUUCGAGUAUGCCGAUAUCAGAGAAGCCAACUCAAGUGCGAGUGAAUACUCUGUUAACACCACGGCAUAUCGCACAGCGUUCCAAGGUUCGCAUGCACGCACGGCGAUAUCAUCCUAAAAAGGACAGUGCAAAGGUAUCUUUCUUCAGUGAUGGUGAUGAAGCUCCUUCAACUCCAAAAGCAGAUGUCAUGUUUGUGCCACGAGAAAACCCACGCUCGUUGUUCAUUUGGCAGCCAGAACCAUCUCCUGUGGCUGCGGUGAAGAGAACACCUGACAUCCGAGAGUUAGCUACACCUGUACAAAAUGAUGGUCCCCUGGACAAGGAACGGGAUACAGUACAUGCAGACUCAAAUCCGUUUCUACUUCCAGAAAGUCCGCAAACCAACUGGAGUAGUCCAGAGAAUGUAAAUGGAAACGGAACCGUUGAAACCCUGCCAGUAACGCAGGUUAAGUCCACUGAGAGACCAACUGCAAAAUAUGUUUCGAAAGCCGAUGGAUUCCGCGAAGAGCACAAUCACCGGGGAAAUGGCUACAUUUCUAUCACUGGACACCGAGCCGGCGAAGCUGCAAUUGCCUAUGAGCAUGGUGCUGAUAUAGAAGCGAUGAUGCCAAAGUUACGCCAUUCUGAUUAUUUCACGGAUCCAAAAGUUCAGGAACUGGCUGCGUUGGAACGUGCAGAUUCUGGAUACUGCCGUAGAGUGAAAGACUUCGUAGUUGGUCGGAAGGGUUAUGGGCAAAUCACGUUCUUAGGUGAGACCGACGUGCGGCGUUUGGAUUUGGAAAACAUCGUUCAAUUCAACAAGUGCGAGGUGCUUGUGUACAUGGAUGAAACGAAGAAACCGCCUGUGGGGCAAGGGUUGAACAAGCCCGCGGAGGUGACGUUGUUGAAUGUGAGGUGCAUUGACAAGAAGACGGGGCAGCAGCAUACGGAGGGGCCAGAGGUUGAAAAGUUUGAGAAGCGGUUGAGGAAGAAAACGGAGGAGCAGGGGGCAGAAUUUUUGGGGUAUGAUGCGGCAAGGGCGGAGUGGAGGUUUAGAGUGAAGCAUUUCAGUGGAUAUGGUCUGGAUUUUGAUUGAGACGAGGGAGAUGGCCACGAGGACCUUCCUUCAAGAGCGCAGCUCUUGUUGUGGCAGGUCAGCUCCCUUGGGUCCUCAACCCACAUUUGUAAAUGAACUCGUAUCUUAGAUUGUAAGUGGUAUAUACAAACAAGAGGUUUAGUUUUGGACAUCAUGAAACUGAUGUUAGUUUGAGGAUCACGGAAUGCUGUGAAGGGAUUCUGAGUUGAAUCAUGUGGAGUGAUAGUUGAUUUUCCCUCUGCUGAGGUUUUUUCUUUUGUGAAUGUUGGCUGUUCAGGGACUUAUCAUUUUAAUGACGUAGUAAAUGGUGCUAAGGAUGAUGUAGGUUAUUUCAGACGUUUGUUCACUGUAUGAUUACCGGCACUGUAGCUUCUUGUCCCCUUCUAGAAAGCAAUCAGGUUAACAGACCUCACGAAAUGGGGGUUGAAAUCUGGUGUGAGCCUUUCAUUAUCUUGUUUAUUUUAAACCAUUCAAGACAUAGAAAUAUUGAGACAUACUAUAUAUUUAGUUG